AUGACAGGAACCAGUCUGGAGGAGCUGCUGAGAGACAUGGGACUGGAACACCACCUGAAGAACAAGCUGACUCUUAGCCAGGUGCUGCAGAUUGAUGGAGAGACUUUAUCUGAUGAAAGCAUCCAGUCUCUGAAAUCUCUGCCAUGGUGUUUCCUGAGGAAGCUGAUGAUGGUGAAUGAGUCCUUUCGGAGAAUGAGCUGCUCCUCAGAACAGGACACAAAGCCCCAAAGCCUGGAUAGUUCACUGAACACCAUGAACAAUCCACAGGACCACAGCAACAGAGUCAACCCCCUUGACCUCAUAACUGCUGUAUUUCUGUGCUCAGAUGGCUUUCUCCAGCAGGAGAUGGCUUUGAAAAUGUCCAUGUGCCAGUUCUCUGUGCCUCUGCUGCUUCCUACAUGUGAUACACAGCAGUGUACUUUAAUGCUGUGGGCCAUGAGGGAUAUUGUGAAAAAGUACAAGCCACACUCUUUGGAGGACCCAAGAGGGUUUGUCGAGGAGAGCAUUGUUCUCUCUGACCUCCCCAUGGUCUCUUUUGUGAGGCUGGGAAACAGCAGCAUGUCCAAGUCUCACAUUCUGAAUCAGGUCCUCAGCAACCCUCAGCAGUACCAGGACACCUUUGUUCACAAAAACAUGGAGUGCGGUGACACCCCAAGGAGGAUUUCCAAUGGUCUGGUGGAAAUCAGCUGGUAUCUGCCGAGUGGGAACAAAAAAAAUGACAUCUUCUCUGAGCCUCUGGCUAUAGCUAACCUCCGUGGGGACCUCAGAGACUUUGAAACUCAGUACACUUUCCUCUGCCGCACAUCUACUGCUAUAUUUGUGUUUUGCGACGACUUUGAGUUUGAACAAAGAUUUCUGGAAUCUAAGCCAUUUAAGACUUAUUGGAUUUUGAUCACCAAUUCACAGAGCCAGAGCUUCAAUGAGGAUGACUUCAGGAGAUGUGUUUCUGAGGGAAAACCCAGUAACAUCAUCAAAAAGCAUCAGCGGAUGAGUGAUGCAGAAUUCAACAAAAAACUGUGUUCGACUCUCCGUGGAAUUGUAAAGGGAAACAUUAAAAUGGGCAUUGAAAGGAUGUCUGAUCUUGCCCAUGAAUUACGGAUCCAUGUUGAUGAAGAUGACUACUACUGUAAGAGGGGCAAGGCAAAGGCUGAUGAAAUCACAGGAGGAAUAUCUGACAUAUCGAGCUUCAAGGAGAAAGAGCUUCCCUUACAAGGGACUGCAUGGAAACAGCUGGCCAACCUGGAGAAGGAACAGUGCAGGAUUAAAAAUGCUGGGGAGAAAAACAUAGAAGUUUACAAGAAUGAGCUUGCAGAUCAGAGGCAGAAGCUCAGAGAACAGCAGAAGGCUCACAGCAUCUCAAAUUCUAUGUCCCGUUUCAUCUCCGCGAUGUGCAAUUCCACAGAGGAGUGCAAGUAUUUCCUCAAGUGGAUGAGGAUCAAUCUGGAUAAUCUGUCACGCACACACCUUCCACCUCUUUGGGCAAAGUACAAGGAACAGUGUCGGAAUUCCUCCGAAAACAAGGAGCUCAUUGCUAAGUUGGACAGGGAGAUCUCCAGCUGCUCCUUGGGGACUGAGCACUUCCUGAGGGAAAUGGGUCAGCUGUUCGGCCUGCUCACUCCCCGAAGCCCUCACCCCAGAGAUUAA